AUGUAUGUGAGUGAUAUCCUUAGUGAGUAUGAUAAACACUUAAAUGAGAAAACAAAUGCAGUUAACACGUCACUUAGCACACUUAGUGAUCACUUAGGUAAUAAAUAUGUAGCUGAUGUAAAUAGUAAAAUUAGCGAGCCGCUUGAAAAGCAGUUGACUGCUUGGAGGGAUACCGUCGAAAGCCUCGAAACUGAGGUAAACAAUAUAGAACAACAGAAAAUUAAUGUGUUAGAUAAUGCAUUGAAGAGUAGUGUGUUGCGUGAAUUCCUGCCCGUAAAAAGUGUGGUAGAGCAUAUGCGAAAAGUGAGUGUGAGUGGUAGUGUAUUUGAUGACGCUAAGCACGUUGAUGGGCAGCUAGUGGCACAGAAACGGGCAAUAAUAAACCAAAUAAACAGUCUGAGAGAUGUGAAAGACAAGCACUUCACAACUAUUUAUAGCCGUUUGAAGGACGCGAUGAGGUUUUUGGAGAAGGAUUUUGAUAGGAAUUACAAGAACAUAAUCAUUGCUAUGUUCGAAGAUAUAAAAAGAGAAGUCACUAUCGUGCACGACAAUUUGUUGGCGGAUAAAGGGAAGCUUGAAAUGUUGAUUAGAGAUGCCUGGAGAGAGUUUGCGACAGUGAAAACAAAUAUCCAGGAAGACGGUGACAGUAUAGUGAAAAAGUGGAGUGGGCUCAAAGGACACAUCCGGGGACUUAUUGGAGAUAUGGUAUAUAACGUUAAACAUACAAGCAAAGCUAUUGGAACGCUCCAAAAGAUAGUCGAAGGCUUUGAGGACUACGCUGGGGAAUUUGCGAAGGUCAAUUUUGCGACUAAAGUGGAGAAGUGGAUAAAGACUAUUGUGGAAAAGGAACCGGUGAAGGGGUGGAUGCAGACUUAUUUUAAGCAAGAAUAUAAGACCUCUGAUUUCAAUAAAUUCUAUUCAGAUAGGACGGCAGAUUUCGCCGGUAUCUUUAGGCAAAAGCUGGACGAAGAUAUAAAAGUUGCUCAGGCAAAGAUCAAUGAGGUAAAAGGCGAUAAACAAUACAAAAUUGAAAAAAACAUUGAUGCCGUUAAGGACGGUAUUGAUACAUUUCUCAAGCAAUUCGAAGCAAAGCUUGUGUCGAAAAAACUCGAUGAGCUGGUCUCUGGGAUAGUCGAAGAAAUUGAGAAGGCUCCAAAAUUGAAGCUUUCCGAUCCGCCAUCGCCUUCUCCAUCUUCACUAUUGAACGCCGUAGUAAUAACGCUGGCAUCACUUUCUGCUACUGCCAGGCAAGUGUACGAGGAAUUUCACUCAUUCACCACAAACUCACAGAUUACCAACGUGACAAAGGCUAUGACCAAAAUCGGAGAAAUCGAAAAUGAGUUUGGUGACGGAUUGAAUAAUAAGGGGAAAUUUGGCGGGUUGAUCGACGCCGCAUUGGCAAACGUUGCCGCUCCUAUUGAAAAGCUUACCACAUUGCUAGACCAGAAUGAUAAGGAAGGUUCCAUUAAAUAUAAGCUUGGCGAUAAAGUUAACGGACUACAAAAAACCAUUACAGAGCUUGACGACAUUCGAAAUGAAAAAAGUACUAAAAACAACGAAGAUGGCAAAAUCGAGAAGCAAAGGAAUGAAGCGGCACGGCUCAUGGAUGAGUUGAAAGCAGAGAUUAAAGGGAGAAUACAAGAAGUCCAAGCAAAAGUGGAGGACGCCGACAAAGCUUUGAAGGAAGCCAUAAACACACUUGUAACCGACGUCAACAAGGCCUUCCAAAACCUAACAAACGAUGUACAAUUGUUUUAUGCACACUCCCACAAAGCCGACCUCCAAGCCCUCCGAGAGCUACUGCAGGAGCGGAAGAACGCAAUCGACUCCAUCAUCGACACCGACAAAAAGACGGGGCUCAAGGGCUUUUUGAGCAUCCUUUUAGACAAGCAUAAUGGAGGCCGAAAACUCCAUGACCUCAAAGGCCAUAAAAAUGUUGAAUCUCUCUCUCCCAAAUUAAAAGAUUAUCUUUACGAUAUUUUCCAAUAUGUAUUUGUCGACCUCCCCAAACAUCUCCCCAACUCCCAAUACCCCUCCCAACUCUCCACCAUCCACACCGCUCUCUCCACCCUCCUCUCCCACCUGCGCGACCAAAAACACUUCGACCACCGCGUCCCCGGAAUGCUGCAAAAUCUCACGACGUCCGUCCAAGCACUCCACUCCACAGGCUUCGCCAACCCCGCGUACCCCGUGCUCGACGCUUUCCCCAAGAGCCUGGUAAAGUUCGUCGAGCAGCUGGAGAAGGGGUACGUGAAUAGGUAUGAGGGGCAUGAAGAAAUCUUAUUGUAUAACUACGUGAGUAAAAAAGUUACGCCAGAAGGCGAAAAGUGCGCGAAGGUAUUUUUGACCUUACUGGAGAUAUUGAAUAGUCAUCUGAGAAAUCUGUAUGAUAAGUGUAUUGAUGGAAAGGAUUGUAAAGAUAAAUGCAUUCGUAUGUAUGACAAUGAGAAAAAUAAGAGGACCGCAAAUCCCCUUGGAGAUUGGUUCCAACGCCGAGGCUUCAAGGUGUCCGAUGAUAACAAGACACAAAACGGGAGUUAA